CCCUCUUCAAUGCUGCUGCGUUCCGUCAUGGACCGCACAAAUGAAGACGCCGCAAUUAUCUGCGUGGAUCUAUCGUUUACAUGCCCAUCAAACACCAGGACGCCACGCCCCCUCCUCGGGCGUCUACUAUAUAAGAAGCAGACUCUGGACUCUACUGCUUUGCUCAACGGUUGCUUGACCUCCAUCCCUGAUAUCUCCGCUUCUCCCGUCUUUCGCGCAGCCACAUAUUCACUCCCCUAGACCUCUGACAUCUUACUUCUUCUCACUUGACCUCCUCUACUCCGACGCUCGGACGCGACGAUGGCGCCCACCUACCUACGCCAGCUGCUGGCAGUCCUCACCGAGCAGGUCGACAAGAUCGAAGGCCUUGCAGAGAAGAAGGGUCUCCAGGGGUACCCCUCCCUCGACGACCUCCCCGACGCCAAGCAGGACGAAUUCACCACCGACCCAGAGGUCGUGCAGGCCGCUUAUCUCGCUACCUCCGCCGCCUCGCAACUCGCCGCAACCUUGAAGCCAAGCGGGCUGCAGGCGUACGAGCGCGCUGCUGCGUACUAUCAGUCUACUGCGAUGCGUAUUGUCUCCGAGGCGUGCGUGCCGGAGAUUCUGAGGGAGGCGGGCCCGCAGGGGUUGCACGUAAAGGACAUCGCUGCGUAUACGGGGACGAACGUGAAGGUCCUGAGCCGCGCUCUUCGCUGCCUCUGCACGAACUAUGUCUUCAAGGAGCUUUCCCCGGAUGUAUUCGCCCACAAUCGCCCGUCGGCCGUCGUGGACACGCAGAAGCCCGUCGACCUCGUCGUGAAGCACGCCAUUGAGAAGAAGAAGACGAUUGAUGCCUACCCGCACGGAGUAUCCGCCGUGCAUGGGGAGAGGUACGAGGAUACCAAUGGGAUCCUCGCGGUGCUGGAUCACAACACGGACGAGAUGUACAAGGGCGCGGCGUACAUGGCCGACAAUGUGCUCGCGGACAACUACAAGAAGGCGCCCGUGUCGACGGCCUUCCAGACCGACGAUGAGAUAUGGAAGUGGAUGGAGCGCUACCCGGGCUUCUUGCAGCGCAUCCAGAUGGUCAUGAUGGGAUGGACCAGCUUGUACCCGCACAAGAAGAACAUGCAUGGCUUUGACUGGGCAGCCCUCCCGAAAGACGCAUUGGUCGUCGAUGUGGGCACUGGUGUUGGCACUGAGGCCGAGAGGAUAGCGCGGAAGGGACCUCAACUCAAGGUCAUCGGUCAGGAUCGCGCACAAACCAUUGACGAGGUUGCUAUUCCAAGAUGGAAAGCGGACCCCUCGCUGAAGCCGAUGUACGAGUCUGGUCAAGUUCGCCUGGAAGCGCACAGCUUCUUCGACGACCAGCCCGCGCACGUCGCCCAACACGCCGCCGUCUUCUACCUGCGCUACAUCACACACGACUGGCCGCUCGAGGAAAAUCUGAAGAUCCUCAAGAAGCUGCACGCCGCGGCCGCCCCCGACACGCUUCUCGUCCUCGCGGAGCAGGUCGUGCCGUACGCGUGCCCCGCACCCUCUUCGCUCGUCUUCGAGGGCAUGAACAGCCUGAACCCGCCUGCGCCGCUCCUACCGAACCUGGGCCAGGCGUUCUCGGAGGUGUAUCUGAUGGACUUGACGAUGGCGGUGCUGGCGAAUGGGCAGGAGCGGACGAUUGGGGAGUUGAAGGAGAUGACGGAGGCGGCGGGGUGGCAGAUUGUGCGGAUUCAUCAGACGCCCGGGUGCUGCUUUGGGGAGAUUGUCUGCAAGAAGAUUUAGGGAGAAACGCAGUUGAGGGUUGAUGAUGAUGGACAGCUUCAACAGCUAUGUCUGGUCAUGAAUUCAUUGUACUCUACUACAUAGCCUAGGCAGUUUGACAAUCAAUGCUGAGAAGACUUAAGAGGGAAA